AUGGAGUUAGUUUCAAUGGAAAAUGGAAUUGAGCCGAAAGGCCAUGUUAAAGACGCACUGAAUUGGUUUUCAAUGGCUGAAUCCAUAAAGGGAAGCCAUUUGGAGGAAGUGAAAGGCAUGGUGGGGGAAUAUAGGAAGCCGGUGGUGCGAGUUGGGGGCGAGACGCUGACCAUAGGCCAAGUGGCUGCGGUUGCACGAAGCGCCGGCGUGGUGGUUGAGAUGUGUGGGUCGGCUAAGGGAGCAAUGGAGGCUAGCCGCGAAUGGAUACUGGAGAGCAUGAAGAAAGGGACAGAUAUGUAUGGGAUCACAACUGGGUUUGGGGCUAACUCAUAUAGAAGAACCAACCAAGGUGGUGAACUACAAGAUGAGCUUAUAAGGUUUUUGAACGCUGGAAUCUUUGGCAUUGGGACAGAAGCAUGCCACACUCUGCCACACACUGCAACAAGAGCUGCAAUGCUGGUGAGGAUCAACACCCUCCUCCAAGGCUACUCAGGGAUCAGAUUUGAGAUCUUGGAAGCCAUAACCAAGCUUCUCAACCACAACAUUACACCAUCUUUGCCCCUCCGCGGCUCCAUAUCCGCCUCCGGCGACUUAGUUCCUUUCGCAUACAUUGCCGGACUCUUGACCGGCCGGCCUAAUUCGAGGGCGGUAAGCCCAACCGGUGAGCCCCUAAACGCUUCGGAGGCCUUCAACCUUGCAGGCAUUAAUGGUGGAUUCUUCAAGUUAGAGCCAAAGGAAGGUCUAGCACUCGUCAAUGGCACAGGAGUUGGUUCUGGCUUAGCUUCCAUUGUUCUCUUUGAGGCUAACAUUCUAGCUCUAUUUUCCGAAAUUUCAACCGCAAUUUUCGCUGAAGUUAUGCAAGGAAGACCGGAAUUCUCAGACCAUUUGACACAUAAAUUAAAGCAUCAUCCUGGACAGAUUGAAGCUGCAGCAAUAAUGGAGCACAUUUUGGAUGGUAGUUCUUUUGUGAAGCUAGCUCAGAAGCUUCAUGAAAUGGAUCCAUUAAAAAAGCCUAAGCAAGAUAAUUAUGCUCUUCGAACUUCACCGCAAUGGUUAGGACCUCAAAUCGAAAUCAUUCGCUUGUCGACGAAGUCCAUCGAGAGAGAGAUCAACUCGGUGAAUGACAAUCCAUUGAUCGACGUAUCGAGGAACAAAGUCUUGCAUUGUGGCAAUUUCCAAGGUACCCCAGUUGGUGUUUCAAUGGAUAACACUAGACUAGCUUUGGCUUCCAUUGGAAAACUCAUGUUUGCACAAUUAUCUGAGCUUGUUAACAAUUUCUACAACAAAGGAUUGCCUUCAAAUCUCACUGGGGGUAGGAAUCCAAGCUUGGAUUAUGGAUUUAAAGGCGGUGAGAUAGCCAUGGCUGCAUAUUGUUCAGAGCUUCAGUUUCUUGCUAACCCUGUUACCAAUCAUGUCCAAAGUGCUGAGCAACAUAACCAAGAUGUGAACUCAUUGGGUUUGAUAUCUUCAAGAAAGACAGCUGAAGCUGUUGAAAUCUUGAAGCUAAUGUCGGCAACUUACUUGGUCGCGCUUUGCCAAGCAAUAGACUUGAGGCAUUUGGAGGAGAAUUUGAUUUACACAGUGAAGAAUGCGGUGAGCCAAGUGUCUAAGAAGGUACUUGCAGCGGGAGUUAAUGAGGAACUUCAUCCAUUAAGGUUUUGCGAAAACGAUCUGCUCAAAGUGGUUGAUGGGGAGCAUGUUUUCGGCUACAUUGAUGAUCCAUGUAGUGCAACUUCUCCUCUAAUGCUAAAGCUUAGGCAUGUAUUGGUUGAUCAUGCUAUGGUGAUGAUCAAAGAUGAUGACUUGGUUGGCAUUGAAAAUGUUUCAAUCUUGGAAAAGAUAAGCUCUUUUGAAGAGGAAUUGAAGACCCUUCUGCCUAAAGAAGUGGAAGCAACAAGAAGUGCUUUCGAAAGUGGAAAUUCCAACAUUCCUAACAGGAUCAAAGAGUGUAGGUCUUAUCCAUUGUAUAAAUUUGUGAGAGAAGAUUUGAUGGCUGAGUUUUUGACAGGUGAAAAGGUAAAGUCACCGGGAGAGGAAUUUGAUAAGGUGUUUUCAGCAAUUUGUGAGGGGAAGAUUAUUGAUCCUCUUCUUCAAUGUGUCAAAGAAUGGGAUGGCAAACCUCUUUCAAUAUGUUAAAAGUAAGUGUUCCUAAACUUCUCUUGUUGAAGAAAGUUAAAUAAAUAUUUUCCUGUUU